UCAAUCGUUACCUAGGGAGGUUUACGAGAGGACAGGCACUGCUCGACCCCUACACCUGGCAGGAUGGCCCAGUCGGACAGCAGGGCACUGGCUCUGAGCGUGUUGGCUGGGGCCGCUGGUAUCACGCUGGCUGUGGUCUGGUACCGCAGCCAGAAAAGCAGGGGGGGCGCGUCCCUCCCCCAGCUGUGGCUGACCAGCAACGACGAGCGGCCGGGAGCGGACAUGUCCAGGACGGCGCUGGCCCUGCAGGCCCACCAGACGGAGGUGCUCGACCGCCUCGGGGCCCUGGUGCAGUGCGUGUCGGAGCUGAAGGACGAGGUGAGGGCGCUGAAGAACGCCCUCCCGCAGCUGCAGGACCAGGUGCGGGCGGAGCUCCAGGGCCGCGGGGCGGAGGGAGCGCGCAGGGCCAGCCCCCUGCACAGGACCCCCCGCCGGAGGAGAGCGGAAGGAGCGGUCAGGGAGGAGGGGCAGAGCUCUGAGGAGGCGGAGAGCGAGGGAGGCUAUGUGACGGCACAUACGGACACAGAGGACGAGGAGCUUGGUGAAGGGGGCGGGGCCAAGCACGUGUCAGCGGGUGACAUCAGGGAGGCGAAGGAUGAGCUCACCAUCCUGCUGGAGAGGGCGGACAGCUUGCACGACGGGUCUGAGUCAGAGAAGAAGAAGGGCCUUACAGUGCUGCUGGAAAUGAAGGAGGAGUUUGGGCUGAAGACUCCGUUUCUCUGGCGCCUGAUGCGGGCCUAUGCUGACGCACACGACAUGGCUUCAACUGUGGAGGAGAAGAAGAGUUACGCAGCAGCCGGAAAAAUGGUGGGAGAGGAAGCCAUCACACUGAACCCAAUGUGUGCCGACAGUCAUCAGUGGUAUGCCAUAAUGUGUGGACUCCUGUCGGAGUAUGAGAGCGUGCAGAAUAAGAUAAAGAAUGGCUAUCUGUUCAAGGAUCAUCUUGAUAAGGCUAUAGAGCUGAAACCUCAGGAUCCCCUGUCAUAUUACCUUCUGGGACGAUGGUGCUAUGCUGUUGCUCAGCUGUCUUGGAUAGAGAGGAGAGUUGCCGCUACCCUGUUUGGAGAACCUCCAAGCGCAAGCGUUCAGGACGCGCUGAAGAACUUCCUCAAGGUCGAGGAAAUCCGCCCAAAAUAUUCCAAAUUCAACUAUGUAUUUUUAGCUAAGUGUUACAAAGACCUGGGUCAAAGGGCACAAGCCAUGAAAAUGUGUGAUGCAGCAUCUUCCAUGUGCACGGUCUCCAAAGAGGAUGAAGAGGCACAGAAGGAACUGGACUCCCUCCUGCCAUCACUCAGUGUAUGAGGACACUAACGGGGAGGCAUCACUCCUCCCACACUUCAU